AUGUACUACUGGAAGAUAUCGAAGUUUAAAUUUGGUAAAAACAAAGAUGAUAAAGAAGCUGAGAAGGAAAAGGAAAAGGAGAAAAAUGGUAACCAUAAGAGUCAUAAUGGAGUUUUUCACCAUCACAAAGAUAGCUCGAGGCAUAACGAUGGAAAUGAUACGGUAAAUGGCGACAACAACAAUGAGAUUGGUAGUAUGAGACCAAGCUCAGAGAGAAAAGAAACCAUUGUACCUUCGAAUUCAUCGAUUGCACCUGUACGUCUUUCGCACGAUGCUUCUUCGACGUCAUCUACGGUAAGAGAAUCUAGUGGUGGUAGAAGUUCAGAUGAUGCAUUUAACAGUACUCCUGACACGCAUCGCUCAGAUGACCCUUCGCCGCCAGAAAUCUCUAUCACAGCACCAGCACAAUCAACAUCAACACCAGGGAUUCUAACGAUUAAAGUUUAUAAUGGUGAUGGAUUUACUCUACCUUUUCCUAUAACUUCCAAUGAACAGAUCUUGGGUAAACUUCUAAGUUCAGGUGUUACUUCCAAGAGAUCAAGUCUUUCAGGUGAAGUGGAUGGAUUAGUCUCACAGCUAUCGAGGAUGCAAUUACAAAAUCAAGGUCCUGUGGAUGAGAACCUUUUACCUGGUGAUGUAUCUACGAGGUUCAUUCCAUCGACUAUAAUGUUACCGGGGUCUGAACAUUUAAAUCCACUACUCUAUUUUACUAUUGAAUUCGAUAAUACUGUUGCCACAAUUGAACCUGAAUAUGGUUCAAUGGUACAACCAGUCUUCAAUAAAAUAUCCACAUUUGAUGUUACAAGGAAAUUACCAUACUUCAAAAUCGACGUUUUCGCUAGAAUACCUUCCAUUCUUCUACCAUCAAAGACGUGGCAACAAGAGAUGGGCGCAAGAGAUGAAAAAUUAAGAGAUAUGUUUAACAAGAUUAACACAAAUCAAGACAUUCACUUAGAUUCUUUCCUAUUACCUGUGAAUCUAAAGAUCGAUUCGGCUGCCAAUAUCAGACUUUAUAACCAUCAUUGGGUAAGGCUUGAAAAUGGUCUUGGUAACAUCAACUUUAGCGUUGAUUAUAAACCCUCUAAAAACAAGUCUUUAUCCAUUGACGAUUUUGAUCUAUUGAAGGUUAUUGGUAAAGGUUCAUUUGGUAAAGUUAUGCAGGUUAAAAAGAAAGAUACCCAGAAGGUUUAUGCAUUGAAAGCAGUUAGAAAAUCGUAUAUCGUCUCCAAAUCAGAAGUGACACAUACUUUAGCCGAAAGAACGGUUCUGGCCCGUGUUGAAUGUCCAUUUAUCGUUCCAUUAAAGUUUUCAUUCCAAUCACAAGAAAAAUUAUAUUUAGUGUUGGCAUUUAUCAAUGGUGGUGAAUUGUUUUAUCACUUACAAAAAGAAGGUAGAUUUGAUUUAUCUCGUGCAAGAUUUUACACAGCAGAACUAUUAUGUGCACUAGAGACCUUGCAUGGAUUGGAUGUCAUAUAUCGUGACUUGAAGCCCGAAAACAUUUUAUUAGAUUAUCAAGGACAUAUUGCACUUUGUGAUUUCGGUUUAUGCAAGUUAAACAUGAAGGAUAAAGAUAAAACGGAUACUUUCUGCGGUACACCUGAAUAUUUAGCGCCAGAAUUAUUGUUGGGUCAAGGCUAUUCUAAGAUUGUUGACUGGUGGACCCUCGGUGUUCUGCUAUAUGAAAUGCUGACGGGAUUACCCCCAUAUUAUGAUGAAGAUGUACCUAAAAUGUACAAAAAAAUUCUGCAGGAACCAUUAAGAUUCCCGGAUGGAUUUGAUCAUGAUGCAAAGGAUCUAUUGAUUGGUCUCUUGAGUCGUGACCCAAAAAGACGUCUUGGUUAUCACGGUGCAGAAGAAAUCAGGUCUCAUCCUUUCUUUAGUCAACUAUCAUGGAAACGUUUGCUAAUGAAAGGUUACAUCCCACCAUACAAGCCUCCUGUGAGUAGUGCUAUGGAUACGAGCAAUUUUGAUCAAGAAUUUACAAGGGAGAAACCAAUCGAUAGUGUGGUUGACGAAUACUUAAGCGAAAGCGUACAGAAACAAUUUGGCGGCUGGACAUAUGUCGGCAACGAACAGUUGGGUAGUUCGAUGAUCCAGGGAAGGAGCAUCAGAUAG